UGGCAGCACAGGUGUAAAACCAACCACUUACCUUCCUAUCCUUACCUGAUCGAGAAAAACUGACCUAAUUAAAUGUAAAGAUGGCGACAUACCUGUUGGAUUUACGAUGGUUAUUGCUUUUCUUAUAUAUCUUCACUUCUUUAAGAUGUAAUGCAGCCUGUAUUUUCCCAUCUUGGUAUCAUGGAGAAUUCUAUUCAUAUGAAGAGGGGAAAAAUAAAAUCACUAACAUUAAUGACAACAAUUGGGGUGAUUACACCUGUGAAGACAUUCAAACUUUUAAUGAAACCAUCAAUAAAGCUAUAAAUGCCAAAAAUGCAAUCAUUUUAGUGAAAUCAAAGAAUUGUUACAGCUGUAUAUAUGUCAUGUACAGAACAGUCAAUAUACUUCAAUACAAAGUUACCUCUUGCACUGCCUCAGUUAUUCAGAUUGGAGAUAGUGCUUUCUGUGAAAUAAAAAUGCCACAAUUAGCAUCACAGUUAACGACUAUGUACUCAUUAAAACCCAAAACUGUUAGCUGCAAAACUACAUUUGAAGGAAUGUACCAUUUCACUUAUGAAAAGGAAGAAGGUGCUGGUGGUAUUUGCAAUUCACCAAAGAAUGUAAUUAAAGCUUGCCAAGAACCUGGUUCAGCCUAUGUUGAUAAUGAGGUUUUUCUCAUGAGCUAUGGAAGAUGUCAGGACAAUAUCUACACAGAAGAUAAACAGAUUCGUUACCAGUGCAUGGGAAGUUGGGUUAAUGAAGACGGCUACUUACUUGCUGGAAUUUCUAACGUUGUUGCAAAUGAGGAAAGAGAAAGAUUCAAAUGUCUGCUCACCAAUAAAGAUCAGAAUCCAAAAGACAAUAAAAGGAAAUGGGUGAAAUCUCGUUUCUCUGAAUGCAGAACAUUAAAGAAUAUUUACAGUGGACAUGAACGUUUGGAAUUGGUACCUAUACCUCCAGCUACCAAGUUAGUGCAACCAUCUUGUAAUUUACCCAGGAAUCUGACAGGAACAUGGUUUCACGUUGCUGAAUUUCAAAGUGAUGUGAGAAUUAAUGACACUCACAUUUACUUUAAGACUCACAUUGACAGGUUCACUUAUGAAGAACAGUAUUAUUCAUGUCAACAAACUCUUGGCACUAGAUUUUUGAUGUCAAAAAUUGUUGUUGGAAAAUGUGAAAUUGAUUUUGUUUGUUUUGAUAUUCAACCAAGACAUCACAGUAUUGUGAGAUUUAGAGUUGGAAAACCAAACCGAUUAACAUCUAAUGAAAUGGACUCAAACUUCCUAAUGAAGAAAUUCCGUCAAUCCUGCACAUGGCAAGCAUUUGUUAUGAACAGAGAUGAUUUCAAUUGGAAAUAUGACUACUUUAUCUUUAACCCUCCUACUCCAGUUCCAUGUCCUAUUGGAGGACGCUACUCAUUUAUACAAACAGGUUUUCCUAAUGAGUUUUAUACAACCCGUAUCAGAGGUAUUACAGACAAACCCCGUGUGCAAGUGGAUUGCCGAAAUGUCCAGAGUGAAGCAAAGUCUUGCACCCAGGAUAUGACAAAAUUUGAGAUUGAUGUUGAAUAUUGUGAAACAGUUGAUUAUCGUGGCAGGCCUAUUGGAGAAUAUGAUGAACCAGACAAUAUUCUGAAAUGUGUCGGUUAUUGGAUGGAAGACUUAAGAUCAUAUCUGAUCACUUAUGAUGAUGAAGAUGCCAUUUCUAAUUUCAGAUGCUGGGUUUAUGAGCGUUUGUCUUGGACAAGUUUAAUCAUGUCACGAGCUGCAAAUGCCAAAUGUAAAAGAGAACAAACUGCUCAUUCAGCCUUAGGUGAUGGAUCAACCCUGAGGGUGGAACUGGCGGAAAGUGAAAGACUUUAUGAUGACUGUCCACAACGUUUUGAUCAUGGUUUUGACCCUUACAGAAAGCCAAACACCAUCUAUAUUUUAAAUAGAAGUGUUAAGAAUGAAGCAACAGUCUUAGCUAUUAUUUUGGCUUUUUGCAGCUUCCUCACAAACUUUUCUAUUUUCUGAAAUAGUUUUUAGCUUUUUUUUUAAUUGUAAAAUAGAUUCAAAAACAUUUCUCUAAGAAAAUCUCAAAACAGUACAACUUUACUUUCUUAUCUAGAAGUCUACCAUUAUUAUAUCAAUAAAAUUUAAAUAGUUUUUGUUAUUUUUAUAGAAACAAAACACACUUAUGAAAUAAUGUUAUUCAUUCUCUUUUAUAUACAGAGUUUUAAGCCAGAGACUUUGGACAUGCUAGGAUGCUAUUAUUGGUGUGAUUAUAUUGACAUUAUAAUAUCUAAGCAUUUUUUAAUCUACCUAAAUAGUCUGAAAAACAUGGUAUUUUGUAUCAUGUUUUAUAAUAAGACCAUUUUUUUUAUAUAUCUAUAUGUGUGUGUUGUGUGAAUACAUAUAUAAACAAGUAUGUAUAAUAAUGUGUAUAUAUAAUAAUGUGUGUGUGUGUAGAUAUAUAUGUGUUUGUGUACAUAUAUAAGGUGAGGAAAUAGGGAUAAAUUAUCCUGGUGGGUACCGGAGUAGCUCUCAGGUUUGUUCCAGGUUACAGCUAACUGCAUCAAGUGGUAACAAACAUCAGUGAUUGCUUAGUAUGAGCAAUCCCACUGUAACACUUCUGAGGGGUAACUCUAGGUUUGCUUCACUGGAUUAUGAAUAUUAAUCAGGAGUGUAAAUUUCAAACAAUUACAAAGAAUACAGAAAUUGGUACAUCGUCCAAUUUUUCUUUUAAUUUUAUAGUUGGUCAUACAGCAAUGACCAAUGUGUUUCUGCUGCAUAUGCAAUCCAGCUUUAUUUGCUGUGCACCUUCAUUCAAUUAAAAGAAUAAUUUGAAGAUGUACCAAUCUCUGUAUUCGUUUGAUAUAUACGAUUAAGAAGUGUUUUAUAAGAGUUAUUCUCAAUCUUUUUGACUUUGAGGCACAAUGGAAAUCAAAUAAAAAAACAUUACAAAUACAUCUUGCAGGAAAAUUGACCUGUUCUAAUGUAAAAAUUCAGGAAAAAAUUAAAAAGCUGUUGUAUGCCUCGUUUUAUUAAUGAUACUUGUGUACAAAAUAACAUGUUUUUUUAAGACGGUCAUAAUUUACUAUAGGUUUUCUAAAGCCUUAAAUUAUAUUUUUAGAUAUUUAUGGUGCACUUAGAUAUCCUAAGCAUUGCACUGUUUGAGAAACACUGGCUUAUACAUUCUUUCAUUUAAAAAAAAAAAAAAAAAUUGUAAAUGUUAUUUUUAUAUUCCAUGUAAUCUAAGACUAAUUUUUUAAAAUAAAAUUUCUACAAUUAUUUCUAUAA